CACACUUCUCCAAGCCAUGCUCAUCAUGUAGAGGGCCGUCGCCACAGAAGACAUCUUCGAUUUGCAACAGUCUCUGAGCGGUGUGUUGGUUGGCGUUCUGGUUUCAUGCCUGGGUGGUGGCUUCUUUGUCCUUUUCUGCCGAUCGCUUCUGAACAUGCGAGCUGUUGUCGGAGCGUGCACGGGUAACUGCUUGUCUUUGUAUAUGCUAAGUCACAGCUGUUGAUCACGCUGGUGCUAUUGACACCGCGGUUUUCUCACAUUCGCCUCAAUUCUCACUUGGCUGGGUCUCCAAGUCAACUCGAUCCCAAUCCGCAAAAACAGAAACUCCGAAACGCCGGCCAACAGCCAACAGCCAAGGCGACCAGGCCAGCGACAACAUCAUGGCUGUCAAACAUCGACAAGCUGCGUCUCAACCGUCUCAGCCUCAUCAACCCAACCCUCCACGUCGCUCGCUCAGGCAAGGCCUCAAAGAUGUGUUCCUUCGAACUCUACGAAGGCCUUCCGAGCCCCAAGCUGGCACACCCUCCCUCGGUUCUGGCAUAUUGCGCCGGGCAGAAUCGUCAGGGUCCUUUUUCCCGUCGACGACCACGUUCUCCUCCUUUGUCGAGUUGCCUGGGAGUCGAUCUAGUCUCGAAGGGUACACCAUCUCGCGCGCCAUCCCUAAUCGAUUUCAGUCCACCACGCACGUAUCGCCACGCAAAUCGCCUGGACGACAGUCACUGCUUCCUGCCACGAGCCUCAGUCAGUUCAACCUCCACCAAGCGUACCUUCACCCAUCUAGCGGUCCCCAACGAGCAGUCCACGAUGCUAUGUCGCCUUCGUUGUUGUCGGUUGCGAGUCGGCAAGCAAGUAUGGCCAGUUUCUCUACCCUUUCCACCGUUACCAGCGCUUCGACACUGAGAAUUCAGGAGUCUCGUGAGGUCCUUGCCCCAAGAAAAGGGGGGCUAGGUUCAUAUCAGAACCCCCAGGCACCGGCAGCCAAAGCUCGAACCAAGCACGUCUCGUGGCUGCACUCACCCACUGCAAGUUCUGUCUCGGUGGCGGACUCCGGAAGGCAGACUGACGAUCCAUCCGGGCUCAGAUUGGUCGAGCAUUUUAAGUCGUUUUGCAUUCUCGACACCGCCAUGGAGGGACUCCCCGUCGUCGCUACGUCCAAAGAACUUCGCUACAUUUUUGAGGUCGGCGAACAUUUCUUCCUUAACAAUUGUGAAUGCGAAGGCGCUUCGAUGGACAUUGUGACCGGUCAAGAUGCCGCAGGUGAUCCAGUUACUCACCUCGUCUUAUUCACACCCCUUAUCAUUCCCAGCAGUGGCCGCAGCCGAUUCAUGCUAGCUUGCCUGAUCGACGUCACCCAGUUCAUCAAUGACACGGCGUCACUUCCGGAACUCGACCACGAGCUCGAUGUGUCCACCAUAGAAAGUGAAGUGCAAACACCGCUGCAGGAUCGGAGGGACCUCUGCUGGACUGGGCGCACCUACAAACUCUCUGCCGAAGAUCUUCUUGGCGGCUGUAUGUUACCUGGCGACCGAGAAACGGUGACCAGACCACCCAAACACGUCGAGACGUCAGAGGAUAUUUGGCUGAAUUUGGCGAAUGAGGAAAGGAGCAGAAGAUCGUCAACCAGGAACACAUCCAGCUCGACCCCGAAGAUCAGCCAGGUCGCAAGGUCAAAUGCAUCUCACACGUCGACAACCAGCAGUACCGUGGAUGAGGUGUUGGACGAGUUUAUGAGCGACCUGCAGGAGCUCUAUUCGGAUUUCUUCCUUUUAGGCAAAUCUCCGCUUGAUGACACCUGCUUCGAGAUCUGCAACGUCUCACCCCUACUCUAUUCGACGAGAGAAUAUCUCAACGGACACCUUUCUCGUACAGACGCACAGCAAAUGGCUGAGUUAAGCGCAUCUCUGGCCCGGGAAAUGCCAUUCAACAUACACGUAAAAUGGGGCCCACAGGGACUGGACAAACGGAUGUAUUGUAGUCCAAUGUACACGGCAAAUUCCAUCACGUGGAUUUGUUUCCUCGUCGAUUACCAGAUGCCAUUGAUAUGGUAGCGGUAGCAGCAGCAGCAACCAGCUGCGGCAAUCCUUGGAUCUGUUGUCACGCCGAGCCGACGCCGAAUUGCUGUGUAGGACUUUGCAGCAAAGAUAAGCUUGCCCUUCAGCGAUGGCACAACACAGUUGCAACGGGGUGGCAAUUUACGAUAACACAAUAAUAGCUCCAACGCCUUUGUUGCCACCGAUUACCUCUGCACAGCAUGGAACAUUCUGCGCUGUAAUCCCUGGUCUGACUCUGAUCGUCGAACACGAAUCUCCCCCAAACAUGCGAGGGCCAGUGAAAAAGAAAUGUCCUCGACAGCCAACAGGAAAGGAAGUGAAACAAGGGAAAUGAUUGUCGGUUGAUCAAUAGAAGGGCCGAGAAUUGAACGAUGACGGCACAACGUCGCAACUGGCAGGGUGGAAAGAUCUUCUCGGGCGGAGUCUUGGAGCAAAACCUCCCCUU